AUGCCCUCGCCGUGGAGAGAAGUGCUCCUGGAGAGCCUCCUGGGAUAUGUUCCUUGGUCUCUCUGCGAUGGCCUGGGACCGAUGAUCUAUUACUUUCCCCUGCAAACACUAGAACUCACUGGGCUUGAAGCUUUUGGCAUAGCAUUUCUUUCUCCAUUAUUCCUCACAAUUACUCCUGUCUGGAAAUUGGUUAACAAGAAGUGGAUGGUAGCCCUGCUGCGGAUAAUUACCGUUGGCAGCAUAGCCUCCUUCCAGGCUCCAAAUGCCAAACUUCGGCUCGGUCUCGCACUCGGUCUGUCUUCUUCACUGGUAGUGCAAGCCGUGACAUGGUGGACAGGAAGUGGUUUGCACAGGUACUUCAGAAUCUGGGGAUUCAUUUUAGGACAGAUUCUUCUUGUUGUUCUCCGCAUUUGGUACACUUCACUGAACCCAGUCUGGACUUAUCAGAUGUCCAACAGAGUGAUACUGACAUUAAGUACCAUCGCCACACUUGAUCGCAUUUACACAGAUGGUGCCUGCUGUAGACCUGAGGGGAAGAAGUCUGGUGAGGCAGUCAGGGUGAUGGCUUCUAGACCGAACUGGUUGUUGGCAGGGGCUGCCUUUGGCAGUCUCAUGUUCUGGAUUUUGGGAGAAGUCUCUCUUGUUUCCAGAUGGGCAGUGAGUGGGCAUCCCCAUCCAGGGCCAGAUCCUAACGCAUUUGGUGGAUCCUCCCAUCUUUCAUCAGGCUACUGCUCUGGUCUUCUAAUGGCCUCUCUGCAGUGUGGCCAUCUCCACACUGAGAUUUUGUGGCUGCUUGUCAGUGUGGGAUUGUUGGGAUUAGGACUACGGCAUAAAACCUAUGAGAAGAAAUUGGGAAAGGGGGCACCAGCCACAGAGGUCUCUGCCGCCAUCUGGCCUUUCAGGUUUGGCUUUGACAAUGAAGGAUGGUCUAAUUUAGAAAGAUCAGCUCAACUGCUCAGUCAAACAGGUGCAGAUUUCAUAACAAUUUUGGAGAGCGAUGCUUCUAAGCCCAUUGGGAACAAUGACCUGACCAUGUGGUUAGGGGAGAAGCUGGGUUUCUAUACUGACUUUGGUCCAAGUGCAAGGGAUCACACUUGGGGGAUUAUGGUUUUGUCAAGAUACCGGAUUGUGAAAUCAAAGCAUCACCUUCUUCCGUCACCAGAGGGCGAGAUUGCACCAGCCAUCACUCUGACUGUUAACAUUUCCGACAAACUGGUGGAUUUUGUUGUGAGCCACUUUGGGAAUCACGAAGAUGACCUGGAUAGGAAACUUCAAGCUAUUGCUGUUUCAAAACUACUGAAAAAUAGCUCUGAGCAAGUGAUAUUUCUGGGAUAUAUCACUUCAGCACCUGGUUCCAGAGAUUAUCUACAGCUCAUUGAAUGUGGCAAUGUGAAGGAUAUUGACAGCACAGAUCAAGACAGAUGGUGUGAAUACAUUAUGUAUUGAGGGCUGAUCAAAUUGGGUUAUGCAAGAAUCUCCGAUGAUGAGCUGAGUGACUCUGAAAUUCAGAUGGCCAAAUUUAGGAUCCCUGAUGAUCCCAUUAAUUAUAGAGACUACCAGAAAGUGGUCACAGACCCCAGGGAAGUUCCUGAGAAAAUUCACUUCAAUCUCAGAUUUGGAUCUUACAAAGAAGGACAUAAUUUUGAGAACAAUCAUCAUUUUCAUAUGAGUACUCCCAAAUACUUUUUAUGA